AUGUUUUAUCUUUUAUGUUUCAGUUUCACUCAGAAUUUAUCAUCAGUAUUGUUAGAUCCAAAAUGUUCACGAACGGAAAUACAAAAUUUUUUCACCAGACACUGGGGUGAUUCAUUUGUGCCCAAAAAUCAAAUAUCACCUGCAUUGUCAUUACCGUCUAUAUCAUUAGAUCAUUUCAAGAAAUAUCUUAAAACUAUUGCUAAGAAACAUCAUCAGUGUUUAAGAGCUAAAUAUGCAGGACGACAUGAUGAGGAUACACGUGUUGAUGUCGAUGAUGUGCCAUUGAUUCUAUUGGAUCCGCAUUUUUCUCUGGCUGAUUUAUCUACCUUUGAAGCAAUUUUCUUGGAGCCUAUUCCUGGUGAAGUUGACCGUUUGCAAAUGACUGAUAAGGCAUAUACAACAUUUCUGGAACGACAACCUUGCGGUAGUGGUAUAUCAUCAUCAUCAUCUAUGUCAAAUAUUUCCGGUGAUUUGAAGUCAUCAUCGUUACAGAUGCAUGACUCAUACAAGGCAGCAAAUGGUCGUUAUUUUAGGCCAUAUGAUAAGCUACAAAAAUGUCUUGAAUUUUAUCACGAUUUAGUUGAUGUAAGAUUAAACAAUCAAUUAGCGCUGAAAUCUAAUGCAUUUUGGAAAGCAGUUAUAUCAUGUGGAAGUUUAAGUGGUGAAUUGACAGAUGCUAUGAAGAAAGUUGCAGUAGUAAGGCAAAAUUUGAAGAAAGUGGAUGAAAAGUUGUAUCAUCGGAUGACAAAAAUUGUAACCAUAUAUAAAAUACGACAACAACAGGAGAAAGUGCUGCAAAAAUUGCGAGAUAUGGCUUGCCUUCGAGAUGCUCAGCUAACCGUUCAAAUGUUAUUAAAUCAAAAUGACUAUCCGAAAGCUUUAGAAUGUAUCGAAACAGCGCAAGAUGUUUUAAACAACGAAUUACGAGGUGUUAUAUGUUUCAGGCAUCUUGGUUCACAAUUACAAGAGCUAAAUAAGGUAAUUGCAAAAAUGCUUUAUGAAGAAUUUGUAACUUUGAUACAAAAAGAAAUGGGACGACCAUGUGAAACCGAGAAUGAUGCUGCUUAUCAAGGGGGACAUAUAAAUCCGAUUGUAAUUGGAUUAUUGGAAGUGAAGGAAUAUCGUUUUAUACAUAUAUUGCAGCAAGAAAUAGUUGUAGCAUUAAAAAAUUCACUAAGACAAAUAAUAAAAACACAUGUGGUGCAAAAUAUGGAUGAUCAUGAGUUAACGGAAUUUGACCCAUCACUUGGUAAUUUGAGCACUCAAAUGCGAAGAUUGAAUUUUGAUCAGUGGUUCGAGACAUUGCAACAUGUCUUACGUGUCCUUUAUCUGAUGUGUCGUAGGGUACAGAAUAUUCAGGAAGUUAUUCUGGAUAACAUUAAUCAAUUUUCGGAAAUACUUGCUAGCAGACCUGUCCGAAAUCAGGAAAUUACCGAUGAGAUUAACUCUGUCCAGGAACUUACGGAUCCGAAUAAGUUCACAUGUUCGACUAAUGAUACAUCAUUUCCGGUACAAUUAAUAGAUACUGAUGAUGAUGGUGAUGAUGAGAUUACAAAACCGGAAACAGAUGAUGAAUUGGAAGUGAACAUCAAUCGUACAUUAAGGAAUAGUUCACUGGAAGCACAAAAUAUUGCAAUACCAUCAUCAUCAAGUAAUGGAAAAACUAUGGAAAAUGUUGAAAAUUCGCAAAAUAAAAUAGCAAAUGGACAGAGAAGUAUUUCUCAGGUGUCAAUGACUGCAACACCAUCUUCUUUUCUGUCAAUACCAUGUAGGACGAUCAGUCAGGUAAAACUAUCAAUAGCUUUUCUCACUGAACAUACAACAUAUAUGGCUCAGGAACGCAGUUGUCGUCUAAUAGCUGCUAGAUCAAAAGAUGGCUUCCUUGAACGGUUGUCGUUGUCCGAGUUUGAUAGUGUAAUGCGUGCUAUCGAAGAAUUUGUUUGUAAUUGUCAAAUGUUAAUUGGAAAUGAAAAGAAAUUCUCGUCGCCUUUGCGUUUAUGUGUUCUUCAACAAGGCAGUAGUUUCAUUAGGAAAUUUCAUGAAGAUAGAAAAACUAAAUUGAGUAAUAUUUUGGAUACAGAAACUUGGCGCUCCGGUGAUGUACCGGAACACUUUCAGCGAAUUGCUGAUUUGUGCUUGCGAACAAAUCGUUUAUCUGAUGUUGGAUCAGUAGAAAUUGGAAAUUCUGCUUCGUUUAAACCUAAUUUAUUGGUCGAUGGAGAACCAUAUGUUGUUGCAGGAACGGCUUUUAUUCUGCUGCAAAUGAUGGCUCAGUAUUGUGAUGCUUUAGCUGUACUUCCGGAAUAUGCUUCUGAACUUCUGAUGUGUCUGGUGGAAUUGUUGAAAAAUUAUAACAGUCGUAGUUGCCAGUUGAUUCUUGGAGCAGGUGCUUUACAGUUGAUUGGCCUCAAAUCGAUAAGUGUUCGACAUUUAGCCCUUUCCUCGAGAUGUCUACAACUGAUAAUUCGAUUUGUGCCAUUUAUUCGAGCAGCAUUUCAAGAAAAGCUUUCUGCUGACAAACAACCUUUGCUACGACAUGUCGAUCAGUUAGUUAGAGAUUACAAUGAUCAUUCACAAGAGAUUGUGAACAAACUGAUUACUGUCAUCGAUCAUCAUCUUCUUAUGCAGCUUCAAGUGUGGGAUAUAAAAGGCUCUGUACCAUCGCCAACAUUCCAGCAGAUGUGUCGACAGCUUGUAAAAUUCUAUAAUGGUCUUACCGGAAUUAUGCCAGAAAGCAUGAUUAAAGAUUUAUUUCUUCGAGUUCAUAAGAAUUUUAAGGAUAAUCUGAAAGCUCAGUUAAAUGAAAUGAAUAUUACUCCACAUGAUUCACUAACAUAUGGAUUGGUAAGCCAGGAAUAUACGUUUUUUAUCAAAAACUUGCAAGCUAUACCAUGUUGCAGUGAUUUAAAGAAUGAGUCAAUUAAUGAAGCUCUUUUCGCUAAGAAUUAG